AUGUCGAACCAGAAAACUCACAUCCUUGUUUUCCCAUACCCAGCACAAGGCCACAUGCUUUCCCUCCUUGAUCUUACUCACCAAUUAUCUCUUCAUAACACAUUCACCAUAACCAUCAUCAUCACUCCCAAAAAUCUAUCAAUCCUAAACCCACUCUUAUCAACUCACCCUAACACCAUCCAAACACUCAUUCUCCCCUUCCCAAAACACCCCAAAAUACCCCCCGGUGCAGAAAACAUCCGCGAUGUCGGUAACACCGGAAACUACCCUUUCAUCAACGCUCUUUCCAAUCUCCAAAACCCAAUUAUCCAAUGGUUUAGCGCCCAUCCUAAUCCCCCUGUUGCUCUCAUCUCCGAUUUCUUUCUUGGCUGGACUCAACAACUCGCCACGAAACUCAGUAUUCCGAGAGUCGUUUUUUACUCUAGUAGCUCGUUCCUGGGUCCUGUUAUCGACUCUUGUUGGAGUAACCCACUGCUCUUACAGUCUGAGGUUGUUCAGUUUCAUGAUUUACCCGGAACGCCGUCGUUUAAGAAUGAACAUCUUCCAAGCUUAGUCCUCCGUUACAGAGAAUCAGACCCUGAAUCGGAGUUUGUAAGGGAGAGUUUCAUUUCAAAUGCUGCAAGCUGGGGAUUUGUUCUGAAUACUUGUGAAGCUUUGGAUGGUCGUUAUUUGGAUUAUUUUCGGGCCCGGUUUGGUGACGGUGGAGUUUAUGCUGUUGGGCCAUUGGGUUCUAUUCGGGUUGAUGCGAAUCAAGAUGGUGGCUCUGACGUGUUACGCUGGCUUGAUCGGCUGGAGGAGGAUGGUUCGGUGGUUUAG